ACUGCGGAAACACACAGGGCGGGGCCUCUUGCAACAUACAGCAAGAGCUUCAUAACAACAUUAAACAUAGGGCUAUUUUUAUUAAAGGUUUUUAUGAUAACCACAUCUUUUAAAAAUCCAGUGAACAUUUUGAACACGUGACAAUACUUUAUAAACGUGUGCAGUUGGACACAGCUCUGAACGGCCUGAGCUGUCGAACCAAAGAAGAAAACAAACGAAUCACUGCGAAAGGACAUCCUGAAGAAACCAGUGUCAUCAGUCAUGGAGGGUCUCUCUCGUGCUAACAGUCUCUUCGCUCUGGAUCUCUAUCGGACUCUGAGCGAGAGCAAUGCUGGGGGAAACAUGUUCUUCUCUCCUCUGAGCAUCAGCGCAGCGCUCAGCAUGGUCUACUUGGGAGCAAGAGGAGACACUGCCAAAGAAAUGGAAAAGUUUUGUCCUUCAAUUCUGUCUCAUUUUGAGACCCUCACCUCAACGAUGAACAGACCAUCAGCCUCCUACAUCCUCAAACUGGCCAACCGCCUCUAUGGAGAGAAAACCUUCAGCUUCUUACCUGGGAGUUUAUUUUGGCUUAAACAAUAGAUAUCUUGAUGCUCUCUAUGUGUUUUAAGACACUUUCUCUACUUUGUUCUGCAGGAGUUUUUGGACUCCACUCUGAAGCUGUACCACGCUGACCUUCAGGCUGUGGACUUCAUUGGAGCAUCUGACGAGUCACGACAGCUCAUUAACAAAUGGGUGGAAGAGCAGACAGAGAAUAAAAAGUCUUCUGUGGUAAAUGGGAGGACUAGUCUAGUUCUGUUCAGUUUAAUGACAUUAAACUGAUCAGAAUGUGAAUAGAAAAUUAAAGAUCGUCAAAGAAAACAAAGGCUAGCUUCUCUUAUUUACAUUUCUUGCUUUUUUCACGAUAGCUAAGGCAUUUGAACUUACCCUGUUGUUUGUUUGUCAUCAGUCAUGGAGGGUCUCUCUCGUGCUAACAGUCUCUUCGCUCUGGAUCUCUAUCGGACUCUGAGCGCGAGAAACGCUGAAGAAAACAUGUUCUUCUCUCCUCUGAGCAUCAGCGCAGCGCUCAGCAUGGUCUACUUGGGAGCCCGAGGAGACACUGCCAAAGAAAUGACACAGGUUUUGUCCUUCAGUUUGGUCUCUGAUGUUCAUUCUCAUUUUGAGACCCUCACCUCAACUAUCAACAGUCCAUCAGCCUCCUGCAUUCUUAAACUGGCCAACCGCCUCUAUGGAGAGAAAACCUUCAGCUUCUUACCUGAGUAUUUGGACUCCACUCUGAAGCUGUACCACGCUGACCUUCAGGCUGUGGACUUCAUUGGAGCAUCUGACGAGUCACGACAGCUCAUUAACAAAUGGGUGGAAGAGCAGACAGAGAAUAAAAUUAAAGAUCUUCUUCAGCAGGGUGUGUUAAAUGGGCUGACCCGACUAGUUCUGGUUAAUGCCAUCUACUUCAAAGGGAACUGGAUGCACAUAUUUGAAACAAGAAACACUAAAGAAAUGCCAUUUAAAAUAAACCAGAAUGAGAGCCGGCCUGUGCAAAUGAUGUACCGGGAAGAGACAUUCCCCUUCAGGUGCAUCCCAGAGUCUAAACUGCAGGUAUUGGAGUUACCAUAUGAACAGGAGGAGCUCAGCAUGUUGAUCCUUCUUCCGGACGAAACUCAGGAUGGCUCUGACCCUCUUCUGAAGCUGGAGAGUGAGUUGACCCUUGACAAGCUGCUUGACUGGACCAGAAGAGACCAAAUGGGCACAUGGAUGGAUAUCAGAGUCCAUUUCCCAAAGUUCAAGCUGGAGGUUGAGAGCUCUCUAUCAGAAAUACUGCAAGAGAUGGGUAUGAGCUCUGUGUUCCAGGAAACAAAGGCUGAUCUGACAGGCAUGAGCAGUCAUUGUGGGCUCUUCAUUUCAGCAGUGGUUCACAAAGCUUUUAUUGAGGUGAAUGAGGAAGGCACUGAGGCAGCAGCAGCCACUGCAGGCUUUACAUUUUUAUGUGGCCGCAGUUCAGAAAGUUUCACAGCAGAUCAUCCCUUCAUGUUCUUCAUCAGGCACAACCCCACUAACAGCAUCCUCUUCCUUGGCAGAUUCAGAGGUCCAUCCUAAAAUUAUAUAUUUUUUUUUUCAGUUUUUAAUGAAGAAGAAAUUGUUUUUGUUUUAACAUUUCAGCCAACAUCAUUUAUUGUAAUGUCAUUUUAGAGCCAUACAUUUUGGUUUUGAGCAUGACCCUUUCAGUUGUAUGUUUGUCUUAAAUAGUUUUAGGAAAAACUAGCAAAAUAUAUGCUGGGAAUUCUCUUUUACAAUGAGUCAUAUCCUCUUUUAUUCACUUUGUGCAGAUGAAUCCGUGUAGAGCUGACAGAGAACACAAGUAGUGCACAAAAAGAGAGUUCUCUAAUGUGUAUUUUUUUGUUUCGGAAAAUAUAAACAACAAUGGUCAAAUAAUUAGAAUAAUGUAGAUUUUUUAUUUUAUUUUAGUUUCUCGCCAUGGCUGCAUUUAUUUGAUCAAAAAUACAGUAAAAAGCUGAAUUUUCAUACUCCAGUCUUCAGUGUCACAUGAUCUUUCAGAAAUCAGUUCAUGUUUAUUUGUAUAGUGCUUUCACAAUACAUAUCAUUUCAAAGCAGCUAUGCUGAAAAUGUUUCAAUUUCAAUUUAGAGUAAUCUGUUAUCAGAGCUGACUGCUUUAAAGUAAUGUCCAUAUGGCAGAAAUGUACAUUUCUAGGAUGCUACAAAUCAUGCAUUUAUAAAAAAGAAAAUUACAGGUUGUGUUGCUUAUCAUGUAUGGCAUGCAUAUAUUGUCAUUUUAGAAAAGUUUAAUAAAAAUAUUGAAAAA